CCCUCCCUCCGAGGAAGCGCUGGGCUCGGGCCCAGCAGGUGUGGGGUUAAGCUCGUUGGGGGCCCCAGGAGCAGCGGCAGCAGCGGCAGCAACUGCACCAGCAGCGGUGGUGGCGGGCCUGGCCCCGGGCCAGCUGGCCGGGAGCCCCAGGAGGCAGAGAGGGCGGAGGAAGAGGGGAAGGAGGAGGAGGAGGAGAGGAGCAGUCAGCAGGCCCGGGGAGGCAGGACUUCCUGGUGUGGGGGUUGUCAACAGCCCAGAAAGAGAAAGGCAGAGAGACCGGAGCGAGAGGAGCUGAAGAGCGGAGGGAGAGCCAGCCGUGCCACGCGGAGGAGAUUCGGGAGACCCACUCGCCCCAAGCACCCAGGCGGCUCCACCUGGAGGCUCGGGGGAGGGGGUGGGUGGGCAGAGCCGCCUCUUCCCGCACGGGUCCGGAGGUCUUUGGGGCUUCAGAGGCCGCGCCUGGGCUCCACCAAGGAGGCGGGGGUUCCUUCUUUCCCGGAGAGCAAACUUUUUACUGAGAUGCCUUGCGGGACGAAGUGCGGCUCCCGAAGAGAACCGGACAGCCUCUGAUCGCCGCCUGCGCCCCCCACGCUGCUGGGGCCAAGAGGCCCCAGGGGAAGGACAGCACGACAUCUUAGGCGGCCGGGACCCCCGGCCCAGCUCGGUGGCCGAGGCCGAGAGUUUGCAAACUCAGCUCUGGAGUUGGGCAGCGCCAGCGGCAGGAAAAACCUGCCCCUGCCCCCACCUCCCGCCACCUCCCCUGCCCUGUGCUCCCUUCACCAACCAGGCACCCCCAGUUCCCAAAAGGCCCUCCUGCCAUGUCGGACCCAGAUGUCCCCAGGGGCCCUGAUGCCCCCGCCAUGUGGCCCCCCUGUUCCAGGGGUGCCUGAGCCCUUUCGAGGAGCCCCAGCUGUGCCCCCCGCCCACCUUGGCCGAGUCCUGAGCCCCAGGGACCAUGAGUGGGGGCAAGAAGAAGAGUAGUUUCCAAAUCACCAGCGUCACCACGGACUAUGAGGGCCCAGGGAGCCCAGGGGCUUCAGAGCCCCCUGCCCUGCCGGCCCCCACCGGGCCCCAACCCCGUCUGCCUAACGGGGAGCCCAACCCCGAGCCAGGGGGCAAGAGCACCCCCCGGAAUGGCUCCCCACCGCCUGGGGCCCCCGCCUCCCGUUUCCGGGUGGUAAAGCUGCCCCAGGGCCUGGGAGAGCCUUAUCGCCGAGGCCGUUGGACGUGUGUGGAUGUUUACGAGAGAGACCUGGAGACCCCUGGCUUCAGCCGGCUCCUGGAGGGAGUUCGAGGGGCCUCGGGAGGCACUGGGGGCAGAUCUUUGGAUUCCAGAUUGGAGCUGGCCAGCUUGGGCCUUGGUGCCCCAACCCCGCAGCCAGGCCUGUCUCAGGGCCCCACCUCCUGGCUCCGUCCGCCCCCCUCCUCCCCUGGACCUCAAGCCCGCUCCUUCACCGGGGGGCUGGGCCAGCUGGCGGUGCCUGGCAAGGCCAAGGUGGAGACACCCCCCCUGUCAGCCUCCCCACCCCAGCAGCGCCCCCCAGAGCCCAGGACUGGGGAUAGCGCUGGCACGUCCCAGGCUGCCACGCCCCUGCCCUCCCUGAGGGUGGAAGUGGAGGCUGGGGGCUCAGCAUCAGCGACCCCUCCACUGUCCCGAUCAAAGGAUGGAGCCCUGCGGCUGAGAAUGGAGUUGGCUGCUCCAGAGGAGAUGGGGCAGGUGCCCCCAUUCGACUCUCGCCCCAGCUCCCCGGCCUUCUACUUGUUCCCCGAUGCCAGUCUGGUUCAUAAGUCUCCAGACCCCUUUGGAGCAGCAGCAGCCCAGAGCCUCAGCCUGGCCCGCUCCAUGCUGGCCAUCAGUGGCCACCUAGACAGUGAUGAUGAUAGCGGCUCCGGAAGCCUGAUUGGCAUUGACAACAAGAUCGAACAAGCCAUGGACUUGGUGAAGUCCCACCUCAUGUUUGCGGUCCGGGAGGAGGUGGAGGUGCUGAAGGAGCAGAUCCGAGACCUGGCCGAGCGGAAUGCCGCGCUGGAGCAGGAGAAUGGACUGCUGCGUGCCCUGGCCAGCCCCGAGCAGCUGGCCCAGCUGCCCUCCUCGGGAGUCCCACGGCUUGGGCCCCCUGCGCCCAACGGGCCCUCCAUCUGAGCCUCCCUUCCCUCACAAUGUGCCUUUGGGGGCUGCCACAGCUGCCAGGCCUCGUGCCAGCUGCCUGCCCCCUCUUCCUAUGCAGCUUUAAUGCCUCCUGGUCCUUGGGGAUGCGAGCUGAAGGCUCAGAAUUGGCCUGUCCCCCCACUCUUCCUCAAUCUCCCCCUAGCGCCCAGGGACUGGGCUGUGGCAUCCCCAGGCCUUGAAGGAGGAGGGAGAACUUCAGGAUGGGGUGUUAAAUAGGGCCCUCCUCCUCCCUCCCGGGGUGUCCUUGUUCUGGGACCCUUGGCAGUAGAUGGCUGGGGGGGUUGGAGUCUCCUUGGCAGACACCCCAUCCCCACCUUGUUCCCUUAAAGUACCCCCUCUCCUCUGCCCAGGGGAGGGAGUGUGGACAGUCUGCAAGUUCUGGGAUUCAGGUUGUUAUUAAAAUAAUAAUUAUAAUUAAAAAAUCCGAAGAAACUUGAA